UCAGAGGAGAUCAAGAAAGACUUUCAGUUUGACUACAUUCUUGUGGUGGACACUGAAGGACUGCGUGCUCUUGAGUUGGAGGGUAACACCACUCUUCACCACGACAAUGAACUGGCAACAUUUGUGGUUGGUAUGGGAAACAUGACACUGAUCAACAUAUUCGGAGAGAAUCCAGCUGAGAUGCAAGAUGUCCUGCAGAUUGUUGUUCAGGCUUUCAUGAGGAUGAAAAAAGUUAAUCUUUCUCCAAGUUGUGUGUUUGUUCACCAGAAUGUUACAGAUAUUGCAGCCACAGAGAGAAACAUGCAUUCGAAGAGGCAGCUGCAAGAAAAACUGGACAAGAUGGCCCAACUAGCAGCCAAAGAGGAGGUUUGUGAGGCUGAGUGCUUCCGGGAUGUCAUUGCAUUUGAUGUGCAGAAAGAUGUAAAAUACUUCGCCCAACUAUGGGAGGGAAGUCCCCCUAUGGCU